AUAGGAUCUUGCACACGGCAACCUCAACUUCAGAGUUCAACCCCUGACCAAGCCCGGCCGUUCCGAAUCCGCAACAGAUCUUAUCAGAUUUUUUCUCAUCUCGGUGGGACCGGGGAAAGACAGAGCUUCCUGAAUCGCCAGGGCGAAUCGAGUCGCGACUCGCGAGACAAGGACGAGCUUCAGUGCUCCACCCCGCUCCGUUCUUCGGAGGAGCGAGUCUGGAAGCUUCAACACCCGUAUCAUCCGACGAAGGCGCCUCCUGUCGUAUACACCGGCUGGUUUCAUACUUAAAGAGCUAUGGAGCAGCCUGAUUCUUGACCUGAUGCCCAUUCGAUGUUCUUUUUCUGCUUCUCUGAACCGGCUGUGCCGUUUAUACUCGUUUUAUAAGUGUUGUUCAUACUUCAGGCUGGACUACUGAUCCUGCUCUCUUACCGCUGGUUUGUCCCCAUGUUGUUACUGUGCUCUCGUCUUCUAGUUAUUCCUCUCUUUUGCCGGCCGUCGCCGAUUGCUCAGCGAAGAAAUCAACCUGCUAAUCUGAUCAUACUCUGUUUGCGGGCUUCAAGUCGAUAACCCGAGCUUCUCGAUCGAGGUCAUUAAAACGUCUUAACUCCCUUUCACCUUCAUCGAGCUUCGCCGGCCUACAAGAUGGUGGUCUUCAUUGACUAUGACGACAACGCACCUGGGAGUCAUAGCCUCCUUAAAGGCUUGGAUCAGCAUUCCUAUACGGAACCCGGAAAGCCAAUGUUCUCGAAACAGAGUGUCGGUUUCGAUAUCGGUAGCGUACCCAACGGCGAAGAAACCUCUGCCGAAGAGCCCUCGGAAACCCCAGACACGUCGGGUGAGGAUAAGCCACACAUUGCGAAUCGAAAUAAUGGGCUUUCAGCUGCUCUAGGCUGCUAUCCGAUUGCCAAGGAGCUUGCCAGAUCAAUCGAUCUCAAUACCCUCCAUGCGCUGUCCGGAACGUGUCGUCAAAUCUACGCGAACCUAGCCCCCUAUCGGCAGCAGCUCGCGAAGCAGACCUUGCGUUGCGAGAAUGAGUACAUAGAAACGCUCUCGGAUAUGCUUCACAGCGGCACCGCGCUCCCUGACAGCGUAAAAUCCGUGAUUCGUUUGCUGAGCCGCGGUGCUAUGAAUUCCGGACAGCUCACGAGUGGAAAGGUCUCCAAGUGUGCUAGGGAUAUGGUUGCAGAAUGCCGUGGAUGUUCUAAAACCUUCUGCAGGAAUUGCACGGCCAAACCUCCAAACAGCGCGACUUUGAAGAACCGCGUUCGUCGACUUUGUACCACUUGUCGCAAGGCGCCAUUAGACAAGCUCGGGUCCUCGUAUUUUGCUCCGAUCUCCUCGAGUCUGUCUAAUGCCAACAAACCUGCCGUGGCCGUCCGAGACAUAUGUACCUGUCAAGACGUUCUUUGGCUCUGCAACCAAUGCGGACAGAAGCUACGCAGGAAUGAUACCACAUAUCGCAGGGUCUGGACAUGGCGGACCCGAUACAGCACAUACCUCGGCGGACUCGGAACAGGAAUUGGCGAAGGCUGCCAGGGAGUCAAGUGUGGACGAGGGGAAAACUGUCUCGCAGCUCAAGAGAUUGAGCUAGAGGUAGAGUGCGAGGCCGAUGAGUCCAUGGCAAAUAGCCCCCCCGAGUAUGGCUACCACUUCGGCCACCGAUUUGAUCAGGCACACUCGGGGUCUCACAACCAUAAAUGGGAAGAUCCCGAAGGAGAAGAAACAGGAUAUCUGAGGCAGGAGAUUAUUGGAAUCGGAGGAAGGAUGAAACAGAUUACCAAAAAGAGGGUCAGGGUUGCCGCUUGCGUCGUGGAACACGAGGAUGAACGAGAAACUGAUGUACUCUGAUUUUGUAGUUAAGCCACCAUUGCUGAAUGAAUACGAGCAAAGACUUUGAUCUUGUUGGGGAAUAUGCGACGGGUGACCAACAACCUCCACAAGUACCUUCGGCCUUCAUGAGACCUCUUCGACAACCAACUUCUUCAUUGUCUUCGGUGCAUCGAACCAAGCUUCAUGUCGUAUACUACUUGUGUUGGUUGAGAUAGCUGUGGUGGGGUUGCAAGGCCCUAGAAUAUAGUAGAAGAAUGACACUACACACACAUAUAUAUUUUUUUAGCGAGCUAAAUGGACCGCUUACCCCAUAACGUGGUUCCAGUAACAUUUAGAUGGGGUAUUCGAGAUAUUUAUUAUUACAUACGCCUGCCAUGUUAGCAGGAUGGUAGAGGACAAAGGCUAUUCGCGAGGACAAAGAGUAACCUUGGCUUAUGGCCCAGUAGACGUCGAGCGUUGGAGGUUGGGCAUGGCCACUGAACGCUUUGCCCCAGAUGUACGGCUGUAAAAGAGCAGUCAGAGAGGAAAAGAGAAUGGGAGGAUGAAAAAAAGGAAAAAAAAAAAAGUACAGGCCCGAGCCGCGGAUCGAACGCGGGACCUCUCGCAAAUAUGCUAAGGGUAAACCCCUGGAGACAAGUUAGAAACUAAGUUGACUGGAAGUUAUUUGGGAACUUACUAAGCGAGAAUCAUACCACUAGACCACCCGGGCAGUUAAUAU